UUGCUACCCGUCGAGGUCGACUACGCACAAGUCACGAGAGCAGGGUUUCGGUUCGAUCGACAAUAUGUUCUUGUUGAAAGACCUACAGACACGGGUGCUCGAUUCGCGCAGCAUCUGUCUGUGAAGCGCAUCUUUUCGCUCGUCCUCUUUCAACCCUCAAUUGACGAUGGGUGGUCUAAACUCACGAUUCGACACACUUUGGCCCACCCAGAGUCCUCGGUCACCGUACCUUUGACGCCAUCACCGCUCUUCUGUGCGUCGGCCGAUACUCUGCAAGUCAGCAUUUUCGGGACAUUUGCAACGGGCAUCGACAUGGGAGAUGAGCCUGCCGACUUCUUCAGCAAGCAUUUGAACAUGCAGGUACGAUUAUUGUUCAUUGGCGGCUGCGGGUACAGAGCACUUCCUGGUAUCGCAUAUGGCUACCAUCCAGUCGGCGGGCUGCCCGUCGACUCGCCUCUGCUUGACAAGGCGGUAUAUAGCAACAGAAUUCGCUUUGCCGACGCGGCUCCUUAUCUUGUUACAUCUACAGCUUCGGAAGAAGAAGCCAGGUCACGACUGCCGUUACAAAAUCGAAAUGAGGACGUCAUCAUCCGGUUUCGACCGAACAUCCACAUCGAUGUGGGUGACUCAAUACCCCCAUUUGAUGAAGAUGACUGGAAAAGAAUCAAUGUAUACGAUGAACCGAACCAGGGCAAGCACAAGGCCGUCAUUUCAUACAAACCAGUUUUCGGCCAGUAUGCGUACAUCACCCCCAUCGGCGUCAUUGUGAGAGUCGGCGAUUCCGUCGAGCUUACGGAUGGCCCAACUACUUUAUGA